AUGAAACUAAGGCUGUUGCAAAGAGUUCCAGAUAUGAUUAUCAGUAAUGGAAAUGGGAACAUGUUACGUUUUUAUUGUAUGUUAACCCUGUGCCUCAUCGUGAGCUCCACUGCUCAAGAGAACGAGAACAGUAAUUCAUCAAAACCAACCCCAUUGCAGUUAUAUGAUCACUUGUUCAAAGGGUACCAGAAGUGCUUAAGGCCAGUGAAGAACUGGAACAAUACCACAACUGUGUACAUAGAUGUUACUAUAUAUGCAAUUCUAAAUGUGGAUGAAAAGAAUCAGUUAUUGACAACCUACAUAUGGUAUACUCAGCACUGGAUUGAUGAGCAUUUGAACUGGAAUCCAGGAAUGUUCAAUGGUAUACAGAGACUUUCCAUUCCAGCUGAUCAAGUCUGGGUCCCAGAUAUACUUAUUCACGAGCUUGUGGAUACAGGAAAAUCUGCAGAAAAUCCUUACGUCUAUAUUUCCCAUAAAGGUGAAGUAAUACAUGCUAAACCCAUUCAAGCGAUGACAACUUGCGACCUUGGAAUAUACUAUUUCCCUUUUGAUGUGCAGAAAUGCAAUUUUACCUUCAUCAGCUGGCUUCACGUUGUUCAGGAUAUGAAUAUAACACUAGGAAGAUCUAGAGAAGAAGUGAAGAAGGACAGAAGGAUCUUUAUGAACAAUGGAGAAUGGGACCUUCUUCUUGUAUUGCCAACAUAUUUUUUGUUUGAGGAUCUUGACUAUAGCUAUGGAGGACAGGUUUUCACUGUGGUGAUCAGAAGAAGACCUCUUUUUUAUUUUGUGCACCUGAUUAUACCUAGUGCAUUUCUCAUGGUUCUAGACAUCCUUGGAUAUUUUCAGCCACCAGAAUGCGGAGAACGAAUUUCUUUCAAGAUCACCCUGCUUUUGGGCUACUCUGUUUUUCUUAUUAUUGUAUCAGAUAAGUCACCUGUAACAUCCAGGGGAACACCGCUGAUAGAGCAACUGGCUAAGUACAACCAAGAAAAUGUUGCAGACGGCAAAAACUCUAUGGGGCUGAUUCUGCCAAAGAGAGAAAACCCUGAUAUACUGGAUAGUAUCCUACAGGAGGUUAUCAGCAUCAGAAAAUCUGUGGAAAACAGUUCAAGUCAUGACAGUGAGGUGGAGUGGCUGCAGAUUGCAUAUGUCCUUGACAUCCUACUAUUUCGACUGUAUCUAGUAGUAGUAUUUACAUAUUUCCUUACCUUAGGAAUCUUGUGGUCUCAGUGGCAGAAAUCCAUGACAAACUUUUAG